AUGUCGGAAUCAACCAUUGUCCUCAUCACUGGUGCCAACUCAGGUGUCGGCUACGCAACAGCAAAAACCAUCAUAUCUCACCCAAAUUACCAUGUAAUACUGGCCUGCCGAGAUCUUCCGAAGGGACAGGACGCAUGUUCUCAACUCCAAACCACCGACGCCCAGGGAACGCUUUCUGUCGUCCAGCUAGAUGUCGAAGAUGACGCUUCAAUCUCCAAGGCCGUCAACACCGUGUCCGAGCAAUUCGGACGAGUCGACGUCUUCAUAAGUAACGCAGGUACAACUUCACCUGGCUCUACUGGACGAGAUAAGAUCGGAAAGAUAUUCUCCACGAACGUCUUUGGUGCAAUGCUUGUUUCCGAGGCUUUCAUUCCACUUCUCCUGCAGUCCCGUCGUCCUUGCCUCAUUCAAAUAUCAAGCGGAUUGGGUUCGCUGGCACUUGCAUCUGAUCUACAGAGUGCGCACAGUGUCGCGGCGUGGGAUGAAUACCGUAUGAGCAAAGCUGCGCUUAACAUGAUGACAAUUCAGAUGCAUAAGCGACUCAAAGACCAGAACAUCCGUGUUUUUGCCUUUUGUCCAGGCCUUGUGCGAUCCAUGCUUAGGGGGACUUCUGAAGAGGCUGUUAGUGCUCAAGGCCAUGCUGGCGAUCCUAUGGAAUCGGGGAAGGCAAUUAUGGAGAUAAUAAUCGGGCGGAGAGAUGGCGAUGUUGGCAAAUUUCUUCAUAAAGGUGGAUGUUACCCUUGGUAG